AUGGAAUGGUUGUGUGAACGUGCCAUACUAACCCCGAAAAACGGCCAAGCAGCGGCAAUUAACGAUACACUGUUAACAUCUUUUGAGGGGGAAGUAAUGGUGUACGCGUCGAUAGAACCCGUGGUCAACACAGAUGACGCAAUUAACUACCCUGUGGAAUUUCUUAAUUCACUGAAACCAUCGGGUCUUCCACAUCAUAAGCUUAUUCUGCGCGUGGGCACUCCUGUUAUGUUGUUGCGAAAUUUAAAACCUCUUCAACUGUGCAAAGGACCCAGACCAAAAGAAAAAGCAUUACAUCGCAAUGUAGUGGAAGCCAUAAUUAUAACUGGAUGCGCGCUAGGGGAAUCUGUAUUUGUACCAAGGAUUCCCUUGAUCCCGAAUGAUCUUCCCUUUGAAUUCAAACGGAUACAUUUUCCCCCCAAAGUCUGCUUUGCAAUGACCAUAAAGAAAGUAUAG